UCACGAAUGUCGAGUGAGGUGGUUUUAUUUUGAGUUUGUGACGAGUUUUAUAAUGUUAUUUUAUUAUUUAUGAUUCUGGCUCGGAUUCUUUUGUAACAGUGUUAAUUCCAAGAGAAUGCGACAACGGUUCUUUAUUUCGCCUAGAACAUUUUAUUGUGCGUGUAGUUUUUGGUGAAAAAGUGCAAAAUAUGACCGAUUUAAUAGUGCCCCGUGGUGAUACGUUUCCGCGAGCUUUUCUGGAAACCUACAGAGCCAGCAAAAAUACGGACUUUUACAGUGACCUAAGUUCGAGUAAAAGUGACGAAUUAGUGUUGCAAAAUUCUGCUGACAUUCCCAUAGCUGAAGAGAUACAGCAUGGUCAUUCGGAGAAUUUAUUAGAUUCUGGAUGCAUGUCGCCCACUCAGGAGGACUUUUUGGACAAAUCCGACGUGAUUUUACCAAAAACGUACCGGAAUAAACGAAGUUCGGUGUAUGAUAGAGUGGAUCCAGAAGACAGCAUUAGGGACAUUGUCAGUGAGAAUGAUUUUUAUCGAUUUGUUUUAUUCAAAAAACACUACGACAAAUACCUUCAUUUGUCUCAGAAAUAUGAAGAGGCUCGAAAUAUCGCAUAUUACCUGGAGGAGAAAUAUCACGAAGUUAAGACUGAAAGAGACGAUCUGAUCCAGCAACGGGAUGAGCUCGCCAGAAGACUGGAAUCCAACGAAUGCUUGAUUCGGGAAAAAGAAGACGAAGUAUUUUUACAUUUAGAGCGCGUUGUUUACUUAGAGGAACAGUGCGAUAAGAUUAGAGCUGAAAAAGAGAAGCUUCUACAAAAAAAGAACCUUAUUGAGAUAGAACGAGAUAGAACUUUGAGACUGUUACAGGGACAGGCAAGAGAAUCAGAGUGUAAUAGACGGAAAUUAGAAAGAGCAAGGCAGGAGGUGGUUCACCAUUUGACCAGGAUGAAGAAUGAAAAAGAAAGCUUAGAGAGAGAGAAUGACCAAUUAAAAGAAGCUUUAGAGGCUGAAAGGAAAGGGGCAAGAAGAUACCUGACACAAGUACAAAGGCGGAGGAUUGAUGCAGCAGAAUAUUCUGAAAGAAGGGUGGCCGGUGUUAAACCAGUGGAAUACUAUAGUUCCUCUUUGGCGUCCCAGUUUCAAAAGGCUGUGGAACAUCUUGCGAACUGUAAACAGAAGAAAUGUUCUGUAUGUGCUUACGCGAAAUCAUCGUACAAGAGGAUAUCGCCCAGUCAUCACAGAUACGAGCGCAAACUAUUUGGAUGUUUGCAGACGCCAUUUUUAGAAAUGCGAAACAUGAUCAAACCUCCACGAUCCCCUAUAAACAGUGGUGAGGGGGAAAGCCUCUCGGAAUGGUUUUGUCCCGUGGAAGAAACCCCUUCAGGUUCAGGUUGUGGUCAAAGCGAAUGCUCUUCUUUAAGCGUACCUUUUGCCGAACUCGCCAUAUCGUACAUGGACGACGUUUCGGACUCAUCCUCGGGAUAUUUGAGGGACAAGGACGACCCGCUGGAUGAGAUGAGCCAAGGGAAUAGGAACAGUAAUAGUUUUAGAGGUUUUGGAAGCGAUUCUGGAUUCUCCUCCGAGAUAUGCGGGGAAUAUAAAAGCAACGCCACCACCCCAAAGGAGAAAUUUUGCCCGCCGGACACGCUGGACGAGAACGACUGUGCCAAAUUGACCAGAACCAAAUGGACGGCUUCUUUUAGGAAAAUAAUUCGAAAAAUUCGCAAAUAAACGUUCACUGAACUGCAGGAUUAGAUAGUAGAAUCCCGUCAAUAUCCAGAACCAUAGUAUUGCAAGUUUUUACAUUUUUUAUUUUUAUUUUGUUUCUUUACUGACUUCUCAGGACUUGUUUUCAUAUACAUAUACACUUUUUUUCGUCAUUAUUUAUCUCAGAUUAUUAAAUUAUUUAAUAUUAGUGGUGUCAUCAUAUCCGGUACAAAA